GCAUUUUCGGAUUUAAUUUAUCGCCAUUUGAAAAGUUUGGUUGGCAACGUGCUACAAAUAUAAGCAAAUUUUCUCUGGCAACACUGUUCCUGGCAUCCAUUUAAGAAGUUGGAUUGUUGAGCGUGUUAUACACAUCCAAAAUGUCUCUGGUCAUUCCAGACAAGUUUCAGCACAUCUUGCGUGUGAUGAAUACAAAUAUUGAUGGACGAAGAAAAGUUAUGUUUGCAUUAACUGCAAUCAAGGGAGUUGGACGUAGAUUCUCCAAUUUGGUUUGUAAAAAAGCCGAUGUUGAUCUGAACAAGAGAGCUGGUGAAUUGACAGAGGAGGAGGUAGAAAAAUUGGUAACAAUCAUGUCAAAUCCUCGUCAAUACAAAAUUCCAGACUGGUUUUUGAACAGACAGAAAGAUGUGAAGGAUGGAAAGUACAGCCAAGUUACAUCUAACAUUUUGGAAAUUAAAUUACGUGAAGAUCUUGAAAGACUAAAGAAGAUCAGAGCUCACCGUGGUCUCCGUCAUUACUGGGGUCUUCGAGUCAGAGGUCAACAUACCAAAACAACUGGAAGAAGAGGAAGAACAGUCGGUGUAUCUAAGAAGAAGAAUUAAUGUUGAUACACGGUUCAUUGUAACAAAAAAUAAAAAAGUGAUUGAAUUCUAUA